AUGGAGGCCGUUCUGCGAAACUUCAAGAUGAUCCCCUGUCCCACAGGGGACAGCUGUACAAAGCCUAAAUGCCCGUUUGAGCACACCUGGGACAGGAAGCCUCCCCCAGCUCCCGCAGCUCCCGCAACCCCCAACCAGGAGAAUCAGGGAGAGGGGCCACGAAAACGUCGAAAGGUCUCAUCGGAGCCUGCGCAAGCCCCGGCAAAGCCCAGUCUCUCGUCUGUAAAGGAGCCUGUCUCGCCGCCAGCCCUGAAGCGUAAGGUUGCUUCACCGGCCGUUACACCUGUUGCAAGCCCAGCAUUGCCUAAACCUUCACCGGUCUCCGUUGUGUCAACGCCGGCCAAGCCUGAGCAGGACAUCACGCCCCAAAAGGCCACAGGUUCUGGAAUCACUCCUCAUAAGGAUGCACCUAAGGCUACGCCCCGGAAACCAGAAGGGCUGAAUCCUCGGCAUCUGAAGAUGGCAGCGCCGGCCGCCCAUGACUUCCGAUACAAAGCCUUGAAGCUUCUCCACGAGCAAUUCCAGCGUCUCAACAAUGAGCUAAAAAAGGACGCAAAGGACGAUGAGCAGAAACUCGUGCUCUCGGAUCAGGAGCUGAUCUGGAUGGCCCUCGAUAAAGAACAGCAUGCAGCAACCGAUAAGCCGACCAUCUAUCAGAACGUCAUCAAGAACCAGAUUAUGGUGUACAAGCGCAUGACGCCUGGCCAAUGGAAGGAUGAGCGGGUCGCUGCACUUAAGAAAGAAAAGGCUCGCGCAGCCACCAGCUCGGGGAAAAAGCUAACUACAAAACCGAUACUUGGCCCUCCCAAGGUGAUCGAGACUGGCCUCACCGCUCAGCAAGAAGUCCACUUCCUCUCCCAUCUCUAUACCCCUAUAGACAAACUUGCCCAGUAUGGCUAUGUCCACACCCCUCCGAGCGACGAGGAGAUUGCGAAGGCCCGUGAGGGAGAGAAGGCGUCAUUGGGAUGGGAGGUCUGCGAUCGGUGCUCAACCCGCUUCCAAGUAUUCCCCGGCCGGCGCGAGGAAGAUGGAGCCCUGGCUUCAGGCGGCCAAUGCGUCCAUCACCCGGGGCGCAUGUACUAUCCGGAGCGGGCGCCUGGCGAGACGGACAAGCCGGCAAGACGGUACCGGUGUUGCCAGCAGGCGGUGGGCGACUCACCAGGCUGCGCCACGGCCCCGACACAUGUCUUCAAGACUACGUCCCCGGCACGCUUGGCCACCGUAAUACCGUUUGAGCGGACGCCUCCGAAUCCGCUGGCGCCAAAGGACCGUGCCGUGUGCUUUGACUGCGAGAUGGGUUACACGGUCCGCGGCAUGGAGCUGAUCCGGCUGACGGCCACGAGCUGGCCAGAUGCCAAGGAACUGCUGGACGUGCUGGUCCAGCCAGUCGGGGAGAUUUUGGAUCUCAAUUCGCGGUACUCGGGCGUGUGGCCCGAGGACAUCCGCAAUGCCGUGCCCUGGUCGGCCAAGGGCUUGAGCAGCGCCCAGGACGAACCAGACGGGCAGGGAGAGAAAAAGGAAGAAGAACAGGCAAAGGAGCCGCAGCCGGGGCGGAAGAAGAUGCAAAUCGUCUCCUCACCCAUCGUAGCUCGCGACCUUCUCUUCUCGCUCAUCUCUCCCGAGACUCCCCUGAUCGGCCACGGGCUGGAGAACGACCUGAACGCGGUGCGCAUUGUGCACCCGACCCUGAUCGACACGAUUCUGCUUUACCCGCAUCGCCGGGGCCUGCCGAUGCGCUACGGCCUCAAGAUGCUCAUGGAAACGCACCUGAACAAGGCCAUCCAGGUUGAGGGCGACCCCGAGGCGGCCAUGGGCCACGACAGCGCCGAGGAUGCGCGCGCAGCCGGAGAGCUGGUGCGGCUCAGGGUGCAGGAAAAGUGGGCCGAGAUGAAGAGCCAGGGGUGGAGGCUUGUUGACGGGGCGUUUGUGCCCCCUGGCUGGGGAGAGAAGAAGGGUGGCUCGCUGAGUGAGGCGUUUCUUGAGGAGGGUGAGGUGGGUAGUGGGGAUGAGGCUGUGGAACUUAGCGGUUGA